AUGAGAUUGUAAAGUAUGCCUACUAUUAUUAAUAAUAGAAGGAAUCUCAUCUAUAGUCAACUUUUUCUAAAUAUUUUUUAGGGACUGCAAUCUCGCUAUGCAGUUUGAGUAGUUCAAGCAAAUCCUUACAAUGAUGAUAAAAUUAUUGAUACAGGUAAAAUAAUAUUGGCUAACAAUGGAAUUUGUUGUCUAGUGA